CCCUCUAUAAGAACGGUUCGUUGAUGCGUCACGCACGACUGUGUUGUGUAUUGCAAAUGAGAAAGACCCGUCACAUUACUCUCUUCACAAUCGCGUCUCACUCCCAAACCCUCUUCGGUACGCUUCCACUUUUCCAUUCUCACUCCGCAUCGAUCCUUUUCCGUUAUCGCCUACAUGCAUUCUCUUCUCUCUAUUCUUUGCGUUUUUAAUCCCUUGUCAUCGUCGCCGCUCUAACCACGCUUCGCUCCACGGUUUGCGGAUUGUUCUUUUUGCGUUCUUUAUCGUAUUUAUGGAAUCUUUUCGGUGGUUCUUUGUUUCUAUUCCGAUCAAACUAUGCAGUCGUUGUUUGUAUUGUGAGACGGGAUUAAAUCUUUUUUGUUUCGAAAAUUUAAAUUAGAAAGAAAGAUGAAUAAUAUUUUAGGUUAGGUUUGUUUGGACUGGAUUAAUAAAACUGGACUGAAAAAGUGAAAAGUGAAAAGUGAAAAGUGAAAACCUAUGUUAUGCUGUGAUGGUAGCGAAUGUGCCUUGUUUUCCUUUUUUUAAGUGUUUCUCAAUCAAUUGCUUGAUGGUUGUUUGGGAUGAGGUUAUUGUGUAAUGUUGAUUAUGAUUUUGUUUUUUUAACUAUGGGAUUUAACUUUUAGGGUUAGCAUUUAAAGUUGCUGAAUACUGAUUGAUGUUUGACAGUUGAAAGCUGUUUGUUUUGUUGUGUGACUAUAUUUACACAAUGCAAAUCGUGUUGUCUAUUUUCUAAUGUGACAGCGUAGUGUAGUAAAUAUAUCGCCAUGGGAUUCAGUGAUAAGCACAAUAAUGCUGAUGGAAAAGACCCGGAUUUUGGUGCAAUCUUUAUUUCGAAUAGUGACACAAAGAGAGAAAGCUUCCGGAGGGGAUUAUUUGGCCUUCUGUCAACUGAAAUCCAGUUUGUAGAGAAGGUUAAAGCCGGAAUGAUUUUAUUCUUAUUUGAAUAUGAGAAGAGACAACUUCACGGUGUGUUUAAGGCUUCCUGUGAUGGGGCUAUAAAUAUUGUGCCUAAUGCCUUUGCAGCAGUGGGGAAGCAAUACCCUGCUCAGGUAAAGUUCGAUAUUAUUUGGUCCUGUAAGCCAAUCCCAGAAAAAUUAUUCCGUGAUGCAAUCAGAGAAAAUUACUUUUCAGCUAACAAGUUUAACUUUGGGCUAUCUGAAAAUCAGGUCUAUAAGCUUCUAUAUUUGUUCAGCAAAAGAAAGUUAGAACCUGAGGCUCCUGGGAGACCGUUGUCCAGAACAGAAGACUUAAAGUCAGAGUGGUACUCUUUUGACAAAGUUGGAAGAUUUAAUGAUCAUGGAAUACGUGUUGAAAGAGUUCAAAAUGAGGAAGGUGUGGGUGGUAACAUAUCACCCAAGAUAAUGCAUAAAUGCCAAGGAGAUUCUUUGCAGUACAAUAGAGAAGUUGAAUAUACCGGAUUAAAUGCAUGUGAUAUUAACCUAGGAAGUGCUGCUAAAUUUGCAGUGGAUACUACAGGUGGGUAUGUUAGUGACUAUUUGGGACAAAAAGAUGAAAGUAGGUUUAGUGCAUAUGAGAAUGAGGACUGUCUGGAUAUCUGUAUUAGGCCAAACAUCAUAGGUGGAUACUCCAAAAGUCCAUCUGAUAAAAUUAGAAUGCAUGGUGAGGGAAGGUUAUCUAUUAGUGAUAGGUUCAUGAGUAAAUCCCUACCAGAGACUGAUCAGAGGAUGUUAUUUUCAAGUGAUGUUCCUGGUUUGUAUAAUUCCAAUGUUAACCCAUCAAGCUUUUACAGCCAGCCUACUUUGGAGCAUAAUUCUUUGGUUCAAAAUCAGUUUAGGUCAACAUCUACUAUGAUUCACCCAAUCCAGGCACAGUUCUUAAACAAUGCAAGUGCAAGACAAGAUGGUAAUACUAAGAAUACCUCCCUUCUAUAUGAUCCGGAUGUUCCUGGUUUAAAUUUUAACCAGACAUCAUCUGUCAGAAUUAAUGAGGGUUCUCAGCCAAUAUUGGAAAGCUAUUCUCCUUCAAGCAACUUUGGAAGGAAUUCCUUGACUAGUCAACCAUGCCUCAAAUUCAAUCAUGCAGAACAGAAUGACAUGAGCAGGUGGAAUGCUGUUGGUGGUGACUUUCGAAAUUCGGUUUUGUAUAGUAGCAACAGGGAUUGCAUGCCUCUCAACAGAAUUCAAAACUCUGACCAGUUGGGAGCAGAAUCUGUCAUUUAUGAGGCUUGCGACAUUCCUUCCUUGAAGUCUUUAUCAGCCCCUAUCCAUCCUCCAGAUAUUGGAAAGAGUAGAAGUCUACAUGAGCCCUUUUCUUCCUUGUUCCAUAAUAACCAAUCAUGGCUUAACAACAAUUUUCAUUCCACAGCUGUGCAAGAAAACCUGAGUAAUGAGAUAACACUACAGAAGAAAAAUGAAACAUUUACUCCUGAUGUUUCAUGGGCAAAUGAGGGUCAUUCCAAGGAUGGUGAUCAAUUAAUCCCUGAAUAUGACAUUGGAUAUUAUAGUGGUUUUCAAAAUGAUAAUUCUGGUUAUCCAAAGAAAAAAAGUAGUGUUUUUUCUCGUUUAUCUUUCAUGCAGGAUAUUAAAAAACAAGAAAAAGGAAAUCAUGCAAGGAAUGAAGAAUAUGAUUUCCAUACUUCAGUUAAUGAUGUGAUGGAAAGGGUUCGGCAGAAUCACAUCAAGUGGAUCAACAAAAGAAAGCCAAAGCCUAAGCACAACAAAGCUGAAAGUUUGAGGGAUAAAACUCAAAUCAGUGGCUCGAGGAAGGAGGGUGAUUGCUUUGAAGAUGCCUUGACCGAUAAAAUUGUGGAUUUGAGUACUACAACUGGAGGCAAUACUAAUAAAACUGCUGAAGACAAAUGUUUUGUGGAUUUCAAGCGUCGUAGUAAAGUGAGGAAACUUGGUGAUGAAAGUGAGACCAAAAUCUCCAAACAGAGUGAAAAGAGUGAGAAUUUGGUGCUUGUGCAACAAAAGAGAAGAAAGUUGGUCCGCCCAAAUUUCAGCAAGAGUAUAACAUCUGAUGACAAGGGCAUUGACCUUGGUGCUUCUAAAAAUUUCCAUGUACCAUCAUCACUUGGAGGUUAUAAUGUUAAGGAAAGCUGCUGCACUAAGGUUCAAACUGAGGAUAUCAUUAAAGCAGAUGCUGAAAUACGAAACAUUAUCAGUCCAACACAUUUUGAUGAUAAGAAUAGUAGUCAAUCCAGGGAAUAUGCCUGCAGUGAAGGAGGAGAAAGAGCAACUGAUAAUGCUCUUGCUGCAUUUGACGAUAAAUCAGAAUGUCUGGAUAGCAUUAAAGCAGAUGCUGAAGUACCAAACAUUAUUUGUCGAACACAUUCUGAGGAUAAGAAUGGUCAUGCCAGGGGAUAUUUCUGUGGCAAAGGAGGAGAAAAAGCAACUGAUGGUGCUCUUACUGCAUUUAAUGAUGAAUCAAAAUGUUUGGAGAACAUAAACCCGAUUGUUUCUUCUUGCAAAGACAAGAAUUAUCAUCUCAAUAAAGGUUUAUAUACGAUGGAUAGUAUAAAAUCAGUACCUCUGAACAUAGAGUCAUCACGUUCAAUUUGUCAAGAGCAUCAUGUACAUAAUAAGAUCAUUCGUGCUGGCAGAGGUAUUAAUGCCGAUGAAGAAAUGCCAAAAGAUUGUGGCUCCUCCUUUACCAUUGAAGCUAAAGAAGGAUCUGAAUAUCUUCAGAACUCUGGUACUGAAAAGGCUCCAAUCGAAACUUGUCCUAUGAUCGAAAGUUCACAUGUGAUGGAUAGUAUAAAAUCUGUAUCUGCAGGUACAGACGCAUUGCAUUCAAUUUGUCAAAAGCAGCACCUUACAGGCAAGAUCAUAUUCACAGGCAGAGGAAGUAAUACUAAAGAAGAAAUGUCAAAAGAUAGUGGCUCCUCCCUUGCUGUUGUUAAAGAUGGAGUUGACUGUCUACAGAACUCUAAUGAUGACAAUGCUUCAAUUGCCACUUCUUAUUUCAAGGAAGGUUUAUGUAUGGCUGAUAAUAAAAAGUCCGUAUUCCCAGAUUCAGAAUCAUUGCGUUCGAUUUGUCAAGAAUGUGAUGUUGACAAGGCAUGUGCUGGCAGCACUAUUAUUAAGACUGAAGGAUUGUCAAAAGAUGGUACACCCCCCUUUACCACUGGAGUUAAAGAUGGAUCUUACGGUUCACAGAAGUCUGGCAAUGACAAUGCUCCAGUCACUACUUGAACAAAAGAAGGCUUCAGCCUGAUUCUCAAACAGAUCGAAACCUCAUUCCUAAGAGGUGUGGCUCCCUCUCAUACGUGUUUCAAUUUUGGGAUGAUUGCCGGUCAUUGUUUUUAACUUUUUUGCAAAUCAUGCUUACCGAUAUUGCUGAUCUUUUUGCAAAUCAUGGUUUGAACUUUUGCAAACCAUAGAUCUAAGUUUUUCCUGCUUUUGUAGAAUUGGCUUUGUUAGCUGACAGUGCUGGGCUGGGUUAGUUUCUUUGGUUUUUUUUUGUUUUUGUUUUGUUUUUGUUUUUAUUUCUUAUUUUUCAGUCAACACGAUGGCGCACAGUUAGGAAGUUCAGUAACAUCUAAAGGAUGUUCUGUGAAAGGCGGUAGACCUUAUUUUGGGAAGGCUGCUUUUUUGUAGGACAAAAGUUGAAGGCAGUUCAAUUGUUGAAAA